GCAGUGGGGCAGGGCUGUGGCCACAGAGCAGAGAGAAAACAGGAGCAGAGACCAUAUCCUUCAUCCCUGCCACCCACAGCAGAGCCCAGCUGUGAGCCGUGCAGGAUCAAGUGGUCCAGUCUCUCCCUUCUUCUCCAUCUUGAGGGUUCACUGCACCUGAGAUCCCCAGUGCCGACCCCGUGGCUGUCACGAUGAAGGCUCUCUUAGCUCUCCUCUUCCUUCUUGCCUCUCUCCUGACUGCAGGGUCCGGCCUCCAGUGCGAGCAGUGCUUUGCUCAAGAUGAGACCUGCACGGGACAGAUGAUGAACUGCAGCAUCGGAGAGAACACCUGCAUGAUCAUUGAGACACAAAACCUAAUAGAUGGUGUGAAGACCAUGAGUGUCACUAAGACCUGUGGGGUCUCCAGCAGCUGCAAUCAACCUCCCACUCUCCAGAACUUCGGGAAAGCCUUGAGCGUCAUGUCCUCCAUCCACUGCUGCAUGGGAGAUGCCUGCAAAAACGCCUCGGCUCCAUUUCCUAAGAAAGACACCACUCCAAAUGGGAUGUCGUGCCCUGCCUGCUACGCCAUAGACUCACCCCUGUGUCCUAAGGAGUCAGUGAAUUGCACUGGGCCAGAAACCAAGUGCCUGGACCUCGCCCAGCAAAUCACAUCUGCUAGUGGCAAGAUUCAGGUCAUCAUGAAGGGCUGUGUCACCCCGAACGUCUGCACCGAUUUGCAAACAGGCUCCAGGACCAAUCAGGGCACCACCAUCGACAUCACCAAGGUGGCCUGCACAUCUGGGGGGGCCCCGGGACUCUCUGGGCUUCUCCCAGCCCUGGCUGGGCUGCUGAUGCUGAAGCUCCUUCCAUGAUCCCUGCCCCAAAUGACACGGCAUGGAGCUCCUUGUCCAUACCCAGUCUUUACCUACCCUGCAGCCCCCAGCCCUGCCUGGCUCCAGGGCUCCAUGCAGUUUUGCUUUCCCCAUGGAUUUGUCCCAGCAAAUAAAAUAAGC